GGUGUUACAAAUUGUCGCGUUGUCGUCCUCAGCCAAUUGAAACCUGUGUUGACAAAGUCAAGCACUUGUCUAUCGGAAAAGUGGCUCCUUCAUGUCGAUGAAGGAAGUGCUGCGGCCAGCAUGCGACGGCCUAACGGUGGGCAUAAAGCUCACAAAACCAGUAAACUUUGUGGUCCAAAAAGAGCUAUUUGCAAACACUUCACCUGCCAUUUUGGCAGCUCUAACGGCUGCGCGGUCGAAGCUUCUCUGUGAAUGCAAGGACUUCGCAAAACCAACCCCGAGCCAGUGGGACAUCGAAAGGGCUUUAUUCCAAACAGAGGCGUAUUUCCAAUCUGCCUCUGAAUACUUGUCGUUGGUGAAGGGAUUCGUUGAACGAUCCAUUCCCAUCGACUCCACCACAGACGAAAAGGAAGGAUUGCUUUCAAGCGAUUCCGUGCAACUAGUGUCGAACGUUUCAUUCACGUGCUGUGAAUGGCUCGACAUUUCGUCGAUGACGUCGUUGCAUUCGUUGAACGCAUACCACGAGUAUGCCCACGCCUUGUUAGCUAUCGGUUGUGUCGGCUUGCAGCGAGCGAACGACUUGGUACGGUGUCGAUGUCUCUGGACUUGGCAUUGACAGAAAUCAUCAAAAUGCAGAGCCAAAUAAUGCUACGGUCGCGAGAUUUCGAGUUCGAUGAACCUAAACUCAAAGAGGCGUACAACCUGCUCCUUCGAGUGGCCGGAAUCUUCAACGCAGUGCUUUCUUGGCUGGGCUCAUCUUCCUCGACCGCGCCAACCGAGUUGAGUGAGGACAACUUGGCCCAGUGGAGAGCCGAGCAAUCGCGGGCUGGGAACCCAGACAUUCAGUCGCUGCAACGCGUCAAGGACUUUGAAAAUGGAACUCUGUGCAAGAUUCUGCACGGGGUGGCGUUAGCGCAAGCCCAAGAACUCGUUUUGCUGCGAGGAGUUACGAAAGAAGUCGUGGAUUGGGUGCUGAUGGGCAAACUGGCCAUGGAUAUUUCCCGACGAUACGGAGACUUGUGUCCCCCAGCAAAGUGGAAACCGUGGUUGGACUGGAAAAUGACGUACUACGUUGGUCUGAGCUCGUAUUAUCAAGGAGUGGCCGAAUGGGCUAAGAACGACGGAAACAGCUGCGCCCAAGCCAUCGCACAAUUCCAAUCCGCGAAAGAGCAGCUCUCACCCCUACAAAACAAGGAGGUCGAACGAUCGAAAGCAAUUAUCGAUCGCGACUUGGACAUUGCUACCGCCCGCAACCGUUCGGUGUACCUUGAGCAGGUUCCCGCCCCUCAACCGCCGCUUGAUCCGGUGAGUCUGGUUCAAGUGCAAUCGUUUCAGCCAGUCCAUCCCCACAGUUUGUGGGACGAAGCUGCGCAUUCCAAAUCGACGCUUGCCGGUCCAAGUACCACAUCGUCCUCUGCACCUGCCGCGCCCCCAGUGCAGUAUGCAGACACUUCCAGCGGUUGCUCGUGUGCAGUGAUGUAGAUGCUCUAUUCUUGGCAGUAUAGUAUAGUUUUCAUAUCAGUUCCCAUGAAUAUGGUCAAGACAGGUAUCGGGGUUUCGUACUCGGCCUGGCUGGAUGGAGAAACCAACGAAAUGCGUAGAUAAAAUCGCGUGUGUGACGUUUGCGUUUGAAGCCGCGACCACGACAUGACCAAGUGUUUAGAUGCCAAACUCACUCCAUCUUGUGUACUAUACUUGCUGCGUGAAAACAGUGUUGGUAUCGAGAAAUGAGUUUGGCGAGAAUUUUUCUACAAAGCCAAGCUCGUGGGUUGUUGUUCAAGCAAACUAGAAAUUCCUUC